AUGGGCAGUGGACGACCAGCGGGUGAGCCACUCUCCUGGCCCUCCAGCGGACGAUCGGUCCUCAAGCUCAACAUACGUCACCUAUGGCUCUUCGGAGUGUGGCCGUUAAGUAAUUCCCGUCUUUUCGAUCUGUACGUCGUCUUCGUUUUCGCUCUGGGCGUCUGGAACUUCGUGGAAGCUUCGCUGGCUGUCUUCUUCAGCUGGGGAGAUUUCGAGGCCACAACGUUGGUGCUAACCAAUACCUUUACCAUGUGCAGCGGCACUUUCAAGUUGGUCUUCUUCACACGAGACCGACAGCGGUACAACAGUAUGGCUCGUUCCGUCGAUUCGCUGAUGUUGGCCCAGAGGGAGCAGUACUCCAGCGAUCCUGCGCUGGAGAAUAUCGUUCAGAGGUCCCGCAGGAGAGCGACUCGCCUCACGUUGGGCCUGCUGCUCUUCUUAGCUUCACAAUGCCUCCUGUGGUUCCCAAUGCCUCUAAUCGCUCACCCCGGUGAGCGGCGCCUGCCCUUUGCGCAGCAUCCCUGGGACAACACCACCAGCUACUACCAGCUGUCCUACGUCAUCCAGUGCGUGACGGGCACGUGGAUGGCCGAUGUCAGCAUCGGCGUGGACUGCCUGUUCGCGACCAUCAUGAUACUGGUAGCUUCACAGCUAGAGGUGCUCGCGCUGAGGAUCAAGAAGCUGAGGGUGGACGAGAGUGGAGCAGGCGAACUUCACCGAAUGCAGAGCGCAUCUGCCGUCGUUCACGACAAAAUGUACAGCGACCUGUGCCUUUGCAUCGAAAGUCAUCAGGAAAUACUCAGGUUCGUCAGGCACUUAAAUGUUACCAUGAGCCCAAUGGUAAUGACGCAGUUUGUCUCCAGCGUCCUCGUCGCCUGUCUGUCGUUGUUCCAGGCAACAUACAGCACUGAUGUCACUGCAGUUAUUAAAUGUGUCGCGUUUCUCCCCAUUCCCGGAGGCCAGGUGUAUCUCUAUUGUUGGGCUGCUCACCAUAUAGCAGAACAGGCGGAGGCGGUCUCGACUGCAGCGUACUGCUGUUCUUGGGUGGACGCGAGUGCUCGCUUCAAGCGUGCCCUAAGGAUCCUCAUCUGCCGCGCCCAGAAACCGCUCAUUCUCACAGCGGGAUACAUCUACCCGAUCAACAGGGGCUCCUUUCUUUCGCUGGUGAAUGCCUCCUACUCUUACUAUGCGCUACUGGGUCAAAUAAACAACCGCUCUGCAAACUGA